AUGGAAUUAAAGAACUCAUCAUUUAUUUCUACAUGCAAUGCAUCUCCGCCUGGAACAAUUUAUUUGGAUUUAUCACCACCUUUACCGCCACCAUAUCUACAGGCAACAGCACUUAUUGUCUAUACUUUAUUGAGUAUUCUUACUCUUGGUGGAAAUGCUCUUGUAUGUCUUAUUGUAUUUCAAUUUAUGGGUGUUAUUACGGUGACAAAUUUAUUUAUUGCUAAUUUAGCUCUAACAGACCUUUUCAUCGGUCUUUUUUGUAUUCCAAUCGUACUUAUAUCAGAUUAUCUUUUAUCUGAUUGGCCAUUUGGAACAUUCAUGUGUAAAUUUACAUCUUUUGCACAAUCUGUUUUUGUUGUUUGUACAGUUUAUACAUUAAUAGCAAUGUCAGUCGAUCGUUACAUAGCCAUAAUUCAUCCAUUGAAUGAAAAAUUAACAAGAAAACAAUGUCGUUUAUUAAUUGGUUUACUUUGGACAUUUUCAAUAUUAUUCAGUUCACCAAUAUUUUUUGAUAUGAUUAUAAGUCAUGCUUGUUUUCAUCUUGAUUCAGAUAAUAUAACAGAAUAUACACAAACAACGUGUGAAGCAGAAGGUCUUCCACCAUCAUUACAUACAGCCUAUAAUUUUGCAACGAUCACUAUCAUUUAUUUAAUUCCAUUAUGUCUAUUAACAAUAAUUUAUAUACGCCUUGGUUGGCGAUUACAUCAAAGUCGUGCACCGGGCGAAGCACAUUCAGAACGUGAUGCCAAAAUUAAAAAAUCUAAACAAAAAGUUAUUAAAAUGUGUUUUGUUGUUGUAAUUAUGUUUGGUGUAUGCUGGUUGCCAAUGCAAUUAUAUUCAAAUAUAUUACGUCCAUAUUUUGAAGAAUUUGUUCAUCAAGAUUAUGUCCCACAUGUUUACUUUGCUUUUCAUCUUAUGGCUAUGAGUAAUUCAUGUAUUAAUCCUGUUAUAUAUGGUGUCAUGUCGUCGAAAUUUCGUGAUGGCUAUUUACAUUAUUGGCAAAAUUUAAUAACAUGUUGUGGUUUAUUCAAUACUCGCAUUAAACAAAAGAAAAGUCACAUGAAAAGUAUGUCAAUGGCAACAACAUUCCAAUUAAGUCGUAGAACAUAUGAAUUAAGUAUGAAAGUUCAGGACAUUGAAUGUGAUCGAGCAAGUAAUGGAUCAGUACCUUGUUCGAUUCCAUUUCUAUCAUCACAAAGAGUAUCAUCAGAUGACUAA